UUGUGAUCUGUGGCGCGCGUGUCACCGAAGGCACAUCGCGAUAUGUGGGCUGGGAAGGGCUAUGGCUACGGCAAGGGCGGCUAUGGCUAUGGCUACGACAUGAUGUGGAAUCCCAUGAUGAUGCAGAUGAUGAUGGGCUAUGGGAAAGGCCAAGGCAAGUCUGGUUUGAUCACUUUUCCGAAUGACAAGAAGGUUUUCAUCGGCGGCUUGCCAUUGACCACGGCUCCCGACAUCGAGCUGAAUAAACGCUUGAAGGAACACAUGACCCAAGCGGGUGCCUGUCUCUUCGCCGAAGUGGGUCGUAGCGCCAAAGGCGGCGCCGCCUUCAAGACCCGCGAGGAGGUUCAAAAGGCCGUUGAGAUGUUGAACGGUUCUGAGUUCGAAGGAUCCAAGUUGCAAGUGGAGACCUGGGGUCGAAAACCCGCCGGCAACGGCGGCGCCGCUGGCGCAGCGGCAACUUCAGCGUAGACUUCCGGACUUCACGAAAUUUACUACUUGGAGCACAACUUGCAGCCUUUUUUUGCACCCGGAAGUGUCACCCAAAGGUGAGUUGGCGAAUUUGGCGUCCGAGCCCAGCUCUUCCUAGAAACGACAGGUCAACGGGCCAACGGGCCCGUCUGAGCAUAAGACUCGAUGACUGGGGUGUCUCCAAAACAUAACCAGUGCGAUGUAUC